AUGAUUGAACAGACAAGUGAAGUCGGUCACCUCAAGAUUCGAGCUUGCUUGCUGCUGGUGGUGUGCCUGUGGCAAUGGACACAGCAAACUCUGGCAACGCCGUGCCAGGACGGUGAACUGAGAAUAAUCAGUAAAGACAAAAUGAAAUGCUGCCCCAAAUGCAGCUCAGACAAAGAUGACGGCAUAUGUCAAAACACCCAGGACCACGAAUGCAAAUGUCGUCAGGGAUACAGCUGUACUGAUAGUGCAUGUCACUACUGCAAAAAGCUGCCUGAAUGCGCAGAGGGCGAGGAGCUGGUUAAGCUUGGCGUUUUAGACUUCACGUUCAAAUGUAAACCGUGUGAGAUAGGAACCUAUUCUAAUGUUAAGAAUGGCAGGUGCCAUAACUGGACUGAUUGCGAAAGUUCUGGGUUUCUAACAAUCAAGCAAGGCAACAGUACACAUAAUGCAAUGUGUGGUUUCCCUACUAAAGAUUUGGAGAAAGCUCCUGUUACGAAUGACUCUCUGUAUAUCACCAUCCUGGCCAUCCUUACUGCAGUGGCUGUAUUCGUUCUCAUCUUGCUGACCUUCUUCUUGCAUUUCUGCAUAUGGUCACUGAAGAAAGAAAAAUACCCCACAGCUGACAAUCUGGAACCUAACUUCCCUAGGCUGAUGGGGGCUCCACAGCUGUCACACCAUAGAGAAGAGACUUACAGCUGCCAGUUUCCAGAAGAAGAACAUGGAGACAAAACACCAGAAGAAAAGUCUUGCUAUUUCCACCCUCAGAGUCUACCAUGA